CAACUCACUUAAUAAGGAAACGCCGUGUACGAAGACUUAUCAUUUAGUUGUCGUUACCUUCUCAACACAAAUUAUUUUUUUCUGUCCUAAUGUCAACGUCAUAUGGAUUCAUAAUAUGACAAAUAAUUUUGGGAAAUUAGUAGUGGUGCUGUUGGAUGUGUAUAUCUGCAAUUUUAUAAAUUAAGUGGUAUCUAGGGAUUAUGCUUAGCGGAUUUACAGAUGCUUGGUUUACUAUUAAGGUUAUCUUGUCAUCGUAAAAUAAACUGUCCCAAGAGGUUGAACAUGGAGCACAUAUGGAGGACACAAACUUUAAACAAAUUUACAAUGUUAUUGAUUUUAAUUUUACUACAAUGUCACCAGUUAUAUGCACAAGAUGUAAUUGUAGAAUCAACGACGAUGGAAUUAUAUACGGAUUCAACUACAGUUGAGGAAACAGUUACUCAAGACUCCACAACUCAACAGUCAUCUACCGAAGAUCCGGAUCAAUGCUCGAUGGAUGUAUUAAAUAAUUGUGAUUUAGUUAACGGGUAUUGUAUUGAUACAAGAAGCGGAUACACAUGUGGGUGCAACGCUGGAUUUCAAUUGGCCGCUAACAAAUUCGACUGUGAAGAUAUCAGUGCACAGUUACAAGCUCUGGAAUUUACGUACUGUUUCAACGGAACGCUGUUAUUUGGCACGGAUGAAGGAUCUGAAAACGGCACUGCUAUGUGGAUGGACCCGACGAUAGUGAAUAACACAGGAAUACAAGUAACACAGAAUUACCAAUCUGGUACAACUUUUUCUAUUGGAACGUAUGAAGUGGUUUACUCAUUUUCGGAUGCGCAGGGGAAUUUAAAUAAUUGCUCUUUUAACAUUCAAAUUUCCGACGACGAGCUACCAAACGUUAUCUGCCCAGCCAGUCAAUUAUAUAGAUUAUCAGUGGGCGAAACUACAGCAGCGGUAAACUGGACGAGUGCUACUGCAACCGAUAACGUUCAGAUUGAGGACAUAUAUAAAAUUUCAAACGAUGUUCCUGGAAAUUAUGAGGUCGGUACCUACAUGAUUACGUUUGGCGCCACAGAUAUUUACGGACUAGAAGGGAUUUGUACUUUUUCAUUUGAAGUUGCAGAUGUAGUCUGCCCUAACUCAUUCAGUCGAUGUCCAGUUGUUGAUGGUGAAUGUAUUUCAGACGAGUUUUUUUGCGAUUUAAAAAUGGAUUGCCCUGAUUGGGCGGAUGAAAACGAACUCUCAUGCGAUGACUGUUUGGCAACGCAAACUCGAUGUGGCAACGCAUACUGUAUUGACACCAAUCUAUUCUGCGAUGAAUUUCACAACGAUUGCCCAUACGAUGAUUUUGACGAAACAUCUGCAUUAUGUAAUGGGAGUUGCCUGUCACCCGAGCCAUUGAGGAAUGGUGAGCAAACAUUCCCAGAAACUCAUCGCAGACGAUACUUAAACAACCACACUAUUGUGUAUGUCUGCAACGAAGGCUUCACAAUGACUGGUGAUUCCACACUCACGUGUACUGACGGUAGUUUUGGAGAUAAUUUACCUCAAUGUUUUGCAAUGUGUUCUCGUCCUGAUGCACCAAGUAACGGAGCUUUUACUGGCAAUGCUGUGGUCGAUCAUGGUGAUAUUAUAACAUUUAGCUGUGAUAUCGGAUUUGAAGUGCAGCCCGCCAGUCCUACAACGUUCACUUGUGACGAUGGCUCAUUUGGCGACGGCGUGUUUAAACGUUGUAUAGACAUUAAUGAGUGCGAAGAUAGUAAUGUAUGUGACAGCAAUGCAGAUUGUACAAACACAAUUGGGUCGUACACUUGUGAUUGUGUGGACGGAUAUGAAAGCGAUGGAUCAAAUACGUCACCAUGCACAAACAUAGACGAGUGCGCACUUGGUGUAAGUGAUUGUUCUGUAAAUGCGAAUUGCACAGACAACGAUGGAAGCUACACUUGUGAAUGCGGCGAGGGGUUCGCUGGUGAUGGUUUCUCCUGUAUCGAGAUAAUCUACUUUGACUAUGGAGCUGAGUAUGGCGACAGUAGGCUUCGUGAAACUUUCGCUAUAAAUGGCGCAACAACCAAAACUAUCGGAGAAUAUUUGUCACCGACAUUUAGGCCAGCUGCUGGUUUUCCAUACGGAUCUUCGUUUAUGACUAAUGUUUAUAUAACGGAAAACGGCAUCCUUAUAUUGGUUGAUGACGACGAGGAAAUUUUAUCCUACCCAAAUCCCCCUACGUCUGGUUUUCAAAGCGGUGACACAAGGAACAUAAUCGCUCCAUUCUGGGCUGAUGGUGACUUGUCCACUAAUGUCGGGGACGUCCUGUACCAGGAGUACACAUCUGAUGACCCCGAUGACGAGUCAUUUCUCUCAGAAAUUUUGACCAAGUUAACUUCUUUGUACCAGGAUACUCUGCCAACAAACUUUUCACCGACAUGGGCUUUGAAAGUCACGUGGUCUGACAUUGCACAGCGUCCAGCUAAUUCUGCCAAAAAUACGCGCAACACAUUUCAGUCAACGAUAAUGACUGACGGGUUGUACAGCUUCGGGAUAUUCUUAUACCAGAAGCGUGAUAUGUUGUGGAAUCCUGAUCUUGAAAGUCCUCAAGAUGCCACCAUCGGAUACAACAUCAGAAGUGAUGGACCAGUAAAUGUUGUAAUCGGUAAUUACAGACCAGACGAGCUCACCGGCAACACGGGUAAUCUUGGCGAAUGGGUGUUUCGAUUUGAGAACAAUAAUGAAGACACCAUUAACCCGAAAAAGCGCUGUCUUGAAUGGUACUCUCAGGAUGUCACUGAAUUUUUUUCAACAAGUGGUUUAGGCAGUUGUCCCUGCAGCUUGCGACAAGCCGUCAGAGACGGACGAUACUCAUUGAGUCCUCUGGUAUCUAUUUCUUCUACGGGGAUAGGAAGAGGUGAUAAUGUGAACACCGCCCUUGAGGCGUUUAAAAUAUCGGCAUCUCUUUUUGAAAACAUUGUAACGCUUCUAAAUGAUGCAACAUCGUAUGCAUUAUGCCUACAAUCGUCAACUUUUAAUCAGUACCUCUCAGGAACACAGUGCUGCUACCGGCUUAAUGGGUUCUCUCUUAUCAAUGGCUAUCUUGGAAUAGGUUGCAGUAGCUAUGUCUUUAAAUACGGCUACACUUUUGGAAAUUGGCUGAUAUUCAAUAAUUAUAUCAACCACAUAGCGUAUGAUAUUAUGCCACAGUACUACUGUUGCAAAGAAUCACACGACCUGUCUCUCUGUGACCUAUUUUAUGAAAGGCGACCUGCGGCAGAUUGCAGCCAAUAUAGACCUCCAGAUAUAUCCUGGAUGUUCGGUGAUCCUCAUAUUGUAACAAGUGAUGGGUAUCAAUACACGUUCAAUGGUAAAGGGGAAUACAUCUGUUCAGAUGUGAAUGACGGUCUAUUCCAGCUUCAGUGUCGAAUGUCCUCGCCAGUGUCAGAAGAACAGGUCGAUGCGACAAUUUUCUCAGCCUUUACAGGUGUACAUACUAUGGGGAGCAGUACUCACGUUCAAUUCACAAUGAAUGAGGAUGGGACAGAUUUUGAUAUUCUCGUAAACGGCACAAUAUCUGUUGCAGUUGCUGAUUUAUUGCUAGGCAGUUACUUUUCAUCGGAUGAUCCGGAGUUCACAUUAAACAUUCGAAAUAGUAGUGAGCUAAACCCUGGUGUUACAAGAGUGUAUGCCUCUUGGGGUUCUGGAAUUGCCUUUGGAAUUGCAUUGCAGGAAAAGAUGCUGGAUGUUCUGUUGGAGUUUCCAGAAGAAUUCAAAGGGCAGACUACAGGACUAUUUGGAAUAUGGAACGAUGACACUUCUGAUGAUUUAUGUUCGCCAACCAUGGUUUGUUUGAAUACUUCAAAUACUUUAGAGGAAUCUGAUAUAUUUGAUAUCGGCAAUUCAUGGAGGCUAACAGAAAAUGAGUCAGAAUUUGUCUAUCCACCUGGUAUGAAUUACGAUGAUUUUAAUGACAAGAGCUUUCGACCAACUUUCCUGGAUGAUCUCAAGGCGAAUGCUGACGCGGACCUACUACAACAAGCUACCGAUGUGUGUGGAUCCAACACAGAAUGCUUGUUCGAUGCUUUAGCCACAAAGAAUAUUGAAGUGGGAAUGAACACGAAAACGACAGAUGAGGACAACAUUAAUGACGUAGAGAUUUUAGAAAAUAUACCACCCGUUAUUGAUCAGAUUGUGGGUGCCGGCCAAGAAAAUAAAGUUGGCCAAUACCAGUUAAAUGUACGUGUUAACGAUACAAUUACAUUGACAAUAGAAGGAAGUGACGAAAAUAAUGAUACAAUAACAUAUCAAUUGGAGUCCGCAGUGCCAGGUGCCGCGAUUGAUUCUCAGUCCGGUGUAUUUACGUGGACUCCAGAGAACACAGACAUGGUUUCUAUCACCUUUUUGGUCAGUGAUGGUUCACAAACAACCAGCGCUGUCAUUGAUAUACGUGUCUGUGGAUGUUUAAAUGGUGGCACCUGUAAAUUUGACGAUAUAUUAGAAGGAUCUGAUAUUAUUAACAAUAGAUUUGCAAUUGUGCAAUGUAGCUGUAGUCUGGCGUGGACAGGAUACGACUGUUCUGAAGAUUAUAAUGCCUGCAUAGAGGAACCCUGUUACCCUGGUGUUAUAUGCAUAGACAACAUUGCACCUGCUGAGAAUGCAACGUGUGGAGGCUGUCCGACAGGCUUGAUUGGUGACGGAUUCAAAUGCUACGAUUAUGACGAGUGUGCUGCCGGUAUGGACCAAGAUGAUCAGGUGCCAUUCUGUGAACACACUGAGCUGUGUACUAACACACUUGGUAGCUAUACAUGUAGCUGCCGAUCAGGCUACGAGCUACAUCCAAACCAAAAGGACUGUCCAGAUAUCGAUGAAUGCGAUCGUGGAACUGACUCAUGUAGUGAUCAAGCUGUUUGUCAGAACACUAUUGGUAGUCAUAACUGUACGUGUAUUGUAGGUUACGAAGGCAAUGGAGAAACUUGUGAAGAUAUCGAUGAAUGCCAGACAGGUGUGUACCCAUGUGACUUCAUGGCAGAAUGUGGAAACAUUGAUGGUUCGUUCACAUGUACGUGUUCUGAUGGGUAUUCUGGCAAUGGUGUAACUUGUGAAGAUGUCGAUGAGUGCCGACAAGAAAUGCACGUCUGUGAUCCGAAUGCAGACUGCGUCAACACUGACGGCAGCUAUCGAUGUACUUGUCGGGACGGUUUCCAGGGUAACAACACAUAUUGCGCAGAUGUUGAUGAAUGCGUUGAGAGGGCACUCGAUUGUCAUCCGAAUUCAAAUUGUACAAAUUCCAUUGGUAGUUACUUGUGCAUAUGCCCUGCCGGUUACCGGGGAGAUGGUUACACGUGUGUUGACAUUAAUGAAUGUGCAGAAUCAGAUGACCUCUGUCGUGAAAUUGAAGAGUGUGUGAACACAGACGCAAGCUACUUUUGUCGAUGCGUUACUGGAUAUGCUAGAGACACAGAGGGUGCUGAGUGUACCGAUGUGGACGAAUGUACCCCGGUCAAUGGAACGGGACCGUGUUCCAUUAACGCUCAAUGCGUCAACAACAACGGCUCGUUUGCAUGUGGUUGUAGUGAUGGUUAUUCCGGUGAUGGCUUUGCUUGUUUAGAUAUUGAUGAAUGUAAUGUCCGAACCGAUAAAUGUGGCCAAACUUGUACAAAUACUGCAGGCAGCUACACCUGCGGUUGUAUGGACGGAUUUGAACUUGGAUCAGAUAUGCUUAAUUGUGACCCUCUUGAAAACAAAGUCUGUUCAGAUAUGGCGGAUCAGUGUGGUGCGUCUGCUACGUGUGUCAUUGAUGACAAUAACAACCCACAAUGUGUCUGUGACAGAGGUUAUAUGUUGGUGAACAUGGGAUGUGAAAAUAUAGACGAAUGCUCCACGAAUCAGGAUGGUUGCGAAGCGACAAAUGGAAACUGUACCGAUACGGAGGGCAGUUAUAAUUGUUCAUGUAAAACAGGUUACGAGCUCCUUCAGGAUCUCAGAACGUGCAGUGAUAUCAACGAAUGUAAAGAUCCAGAUACAUGCGUUGCAAACGCUGAAUGCACCAAUACUGAUGGUUCGUUUACAUGUCAAUGCCUAUCCGGCUACACCGGUCCUUUAUGUAUGAAUAUCAACGAGUGUGACAGUAACUCCCUGAACGACUGCGAUGACAAUGCUGAGUGUGAAGACACCGACGGGGGUUACAGAUGCACUUGUUUGGCAGGCUAUACAGGAAAUGGGUUGACAUGUAUAGAUGUUAAUGAAUGCUUUUUGUUGGAUACUUGUCACGAAUUGGCAACAUGUAGCAACGGACCCGGUACAUUCAAUUGUACAUGCCUUGACGGCUACAGUGGUGACGGCAUCAACUCUUGCUCGGAUAUCAACGAAUGCAAUAACAACCCUUGCAAUGUCAUCGCCAACUGCACCAAUCUUCCAGGGACUUACACAUGUGCGUGUCGCACUGGUUACCGGGGAGACGGUUUUACUACGUGUGACAACAUCGACGAAUGUACCGAGCAGACAGACACUUGCUCCAGUCUGGCUACAUGCCAUGAUACGAAUGGUUCGUAUGAAUGCUCGUGCAUUGUUGGCUACGAAGGAAAUGGUGUUUUUUGCACAGACGUGGAUGAAUGUCAUCUCGCUACGGACGCCUGUGACAUCAACGCUUCGUGUAACAAUACCAUUGGAUCGUUCACGUGCUUCUGCAACCUGGGUUAUAUGACUCAAGAAGGACAAAACGCACGCAGCGGCAUGUGCGAAGAUUACGAUGAAUGCGCUUUUAAAAUAGAUGAUUGUUCGGAUUUUGCAAGCUGCACUAAUUCCAUUGGCUCCUAUCAUUGUGAAUGUAAAACUGGGUUUUAUGGAGACGGCGUCACGUGUUCAGAUACAAACGAGUGUGAACAACCCAUCAAUCCAUGUGAUUUGAGCAACAAUGAAAAAUGUGUGAACACAGAUGGACAUUACCUUUGUAUUUGUCAGACUUCAUAUUUCAACAGAAGUGGGGAAUGCAGGCGAGUCAUUACGAAGUCGCUUACCCUCGAAUUUUUGUACAUCAAAGGUUGGAGUGUAGAAUUAUUGGGUCAUGACUUUCAAUUUGAUGAUGUCAAAGGACAACUGGCGGCAGAUAUGGAUACCCUCUUUACGAUGAGUACUAUUGCAGAAUAUUACUACGGUACUGUAACCGAUGUGAUCGGUAGUUUCGAAGAUGGCAGUGGCUUGAAUAUUACAUUUAGCGUCAGCUUCAAUGAUCAGUUUAACAUAACAGAUGAGCAACUUCUUGAAGUUUUCUUAAACGGCUUAACUGGUACAAAUAUGGAUAUCCUUAAGCCUGACAGUCAAAUUGUACGGGACACGAUUGAAAUUCAAGAACUAGAAAGCAAUCCCUGCGCAGAAAAUACCGACAACUGUACAGCAAGACUGUUCCUUGAGUGCGUUUACCUAGGCAACGAGCAGUACACGUGCCAGACGUGUUUCCAUGGAUAUGUGUUAUCAAAUGACAUAUGUGUUGAUUAUAAUGAAUGUAAUGACAACCCAUGUGGAAAUAAUGAAAUGUGCAUCAACUCGGUUGGAGAUUAUACGUGCGUGUGUAAUGAUGGUUAUGUGGCAGUUUCCUCCAGUUGCCUGGCUGUUACGUCUUUCCGUGGUGAAAUACGCGUUGUGGCAAUAAACACAUCAGAGGAAAUGGCAGCCUGGGAUCCACAGUUAGAAGACCCGACGUCAGAACUUUAUCAAUCAUACGCGGAACACAUGUGCAUAAUUGUGACUCAUACCUACAGUGCGAUUCUGAGUACAUCGACGGAAUUUUACAAUUGUUCAAUCAUUGGAUUUAAAGAAGGAAGUAUAAUAGUUGUCUACCAAGUCAAUUUCUUUUCUAAUACAACGAUGCAGGGAGACGAAUUACUGCAAUUAAUUCACAACGAAACAGAUAUACAUGACCGCUUAUACUCGGACAAUGACAUGCGCAGUAUUACCAUAGAUUUGUCAUAUGAGGCAGUUGGAGAAAAUCUACCUAUCGUUUGUGACGAUUAUUGCUAUAACGGUGGCAAUUGCUCUAUAAAUUCUCUUUUGGAAAGAACGUGCAGUUGUCUGGGGUAUUUUACUGGAGAGAGAUGCGAUUCAGUCGCCUGCCCAACAAACUAUUGUCAAAAUAGAGGCAAUUGUUCCAUCACACUAGAAAAUCCGGUUCCAGUUUGUAGAUGUCCGGAGUAUUUUAAUGGAGAGAGAUGCGAUUCAGUUUUCUGCCCAGCAAACUAUUGCCAAAAUGGAGGCACUUGUUUCAUCACACUAGAGAAUACGGUUCCAAUUUGCAGUUGUCGUGUCGACUACACAGGGAAUCAAUGCGAAACAAAUGAUGGUGGUACCGACUCACUGCUGGUGGCUGCCAUCAUCAUUGGUACAGUUGUUGGUUUCAUGCUCAUCAUAAUCCUUAUGGUGUGCUGCUUCCUUGUCGUCAUUGGCAGACGUCGCGACAGACAAAGGCAACAGAUCAAACAAUAUACUGCUCAACCAAGAGGUUUUGUUGUUCGUAACCCCAAUUCAGGCAGUUUGUUUGGAGCCACAAACUAUCCAUUUGUCCAGGAAGCUGAAUCAAUUUCUGGGAGCUCUUCAAUCAAUGGCGAAGAAUCUAGACUACUACAUCUUGCUCAAGUACUCACAAAUGCACCAUAUCUCAAUAAUCAUAUGAGGUCGAGAAUGUCAGAGACAUAUUCGGAGGCGGACACCAACGAUUCAGAAUUUAUUAGACCAUAUAUAGCUACAGGAAUGGAGGCAAGCAGCAUAGAGCAAGACGAAUAUGAAGAUAGGCCCUCAGCACACAAACGAACCAGAAGAAAUAAAAAAUUUCCUCACGCUUUCAAAAAUAGGUCUAUACAUCUCUUCGAUGACCAAAACAGACCAUCUACUUCUCACAAUAUGAACGAGCGCCACCAAUACUAUUUCUAAAUAUUUAGUUAAGCCUGCAUUGCAUUUGCAGAGGUUUCUCCAUGCUUCUUUUUUUAUUUUUUAUACCUGUGUAGAAAUCUUCAUUCUCACGUCUAUGCAUAUUUAAUUAAACUACGCGGGUCGUUGUACUGUUCAAUAAAUAUUGUGCUACUAAGUA